AACUUCCUGGUUUGAGAUACAUGCACUUGGGUAGAUUGGUAAAUAUAUCCUGGUGCUGAUUAGCGACCCUGGUGUUACAAGGGACUCAAAACUGCCUCGGUGGUCACUGUGUAGAGAGAUUGCGACCUGUACAUACCCUGGCUUACCUUGCUCCACGGAUAGAGUUUUGUGGUGUACAACAAGCUGUACGUGUGAUACUUGUAAUGGAUGUAUCGGAGAAGAGCGACGCUGAAGUAUUCUACCUGCAUGGAUAGAUGGAUACGCAAGAGGCGUGUAUUUCCAUGUAAUAUUGACAACUCGAGGUGUGUACCGUCAUGUGUCGGAUUCUUCUACUGCUAUUUGGGUUUCUCGGCGGCUGCUUAAAUGAGGCAGGUUCUUUAGUGCUGACAAGUUCCCCCAUGACGGCAAGAGACGGAGAAAUCUUUACCCUAAUCUGCAGCAGUAACACAACUAGUGGACAAGAUAGACUAUGGAACAGAGAUCAUACAUUAGUCCUCACCACAACACAAGGUUUCUUCAGUCCCAGUGUAUCCAACCCUGACGCCUUCAACACGUAUCUGUCAGGUCGGGUCAAUGUGAGCUGUAAUGCCACACAACACAAUGUGACUCUCAGGAUCAACUCCACCAUAGACAAUGGAUCCAGGUGGCAGUGUAUGGAUAAUCCGAGCGGUCAAUGGAGCAACAUUUUGACGAUAAAUGUUACAGUACAUCAAACAACAGUAACGCCAACCCCAACCCUUUCGGCGUCAGUCACAACAGUUACAGCGAUAACGUCGACCGGAUCAACAGAUGUUAAUGUGUCCGAGACGUCAACACCCUCAACAUCGAAACAUCUUAAUACAAUGUCAAACACUACCACCUCCACCGCCGCCACAACCACAACCGAAGGCUACUCAAUAACGACGUCUGGCACCACAGGUGGUAAGUCAGCAGGUCAGACCAACACCAUUGCCAUCGCCGCUGGAGCAGCCGGUGGAGGUGUUACUGUCAUCGCUGUUGUCAUCGUCGCGGCUAUUUGUAUCAGAAAAAGACCACGCUCUGUUGAAGGAAAUGGCAAACAUAAUACUCGAGAUGACAGAAACAGUUCCAGAAGAGCUGAGAUGCUGAUUGAAAGUGGAGUAAAUGAAGACGACGAAAAAGUUAUGAUGGACAACAUUAUAUACACCAGUUCGUCUGAGGUUGCGCCGGCGGAAUACAGUAUACAGGAUCACAAUCAAGCCGAUAAAGUCAUGCAGGACAAUAUUUUGUAUACCAGUUCAUCGGAUAUAGCGCCGGCCAAUUACAGUAUUGAAGAUCGGAAACAUGUUGGUAAAGAUGUCUACACCCAGGUGAAGAAGGUGAAGACGAGUGCAGACACACAGGAACCUACUGACGUGUACGCAAAACCACACAAAGGACUGCAGGAAACACCAAAUGGAGACGUGUAUGCCAAAGUGAAUAAUGUGAAGAGCAGUGAAGGAACAAGUGAGAAUAUUGAAGACAUGUACGCCAAACCACAGAAAGACAAACGGAAUCUCAGGAGCAAAACAGGUGAUGAAUGACGUUCCAUGAAUCAAGUCUUCUAUGACAUGCUAAAUAAAUAUCGCUGCUCGUGCUCCACGCCAGUACUACGAUGCCCUCAAGAACCCCGAUACAAUUUCACGUUGUCACAGCGUUAUUCUGUGGAUUCCCAUUUACGUUAUCACAACGUUGUGAUCUGACGUUGUGAUAAGUCAUUUCUCCGUCACCACAAGGUUAAAGUAAAUCGAGUCAUUGGAUGCUAACGUAUUUAAUGUUGCCUUUACGUUCUGUGUAACGUUCAUAGUUUUAUAGUUUUCCCAGUAGUUAACAGUACAUAUGACACAAAGCAGAAAUUCUCUUCAAUGUUUAUUCGUUAAUUUACAAGUCGUUUUGGUCGUGUGCUUUCUGAAGCUGUAGCUGAAUAGUGAAGAACGAAUUUCAAAGUGAAACGCUUUACAGAAAACUAUCGUGACACCAAGUUAUAAGAAACGUUGUUAUAACGUUGUGAGGAGCACAAAGUAUAACGUUUCCUCAAUGUAAAUUUGCAACGUUGUUAUUAUGUUGUCACAUAACGUUAUAAAAUGACGUAAUACUAACGUUGUGACAACGGUGUGUCUUGACAUUACCAAUCUACAACCUUCCCGCAACGUUGUAAAAUGCUGUGUGGUACCUGGGUAUAUGUUUAUCCAUAUUUAUUCAAAUGAUAAAAUACAUGCAAAUUGAUGCCAUGUUUAUUAAUGCGUCAACAACGUCGUAUUUAAUAGAAGCAAUAUUCCCGAGACCAAGUAAUAAAUUAUAUAAUUGAUGCCUUUGCAAUUGCGCUGUGCGUAUCUGUACAUUGUACCGCUUUUGUCUCAUGGAUCGAAGAAUACCAUGGACGUAGAGCUUAAAAUAUACACCUCACAUAAAAGUAUUUUCAGUGUAAUAUCUUUAUCAAUCUUGAUAGCGAUUUUUGCCGACAUGUCACUAAAUGGUAAA